CUCUCUUCUCUCUACCAAUUCAAGAACACAAACACCCUAUCCUAAGAAAAAUAUGAGCGUUUUGAAUCUAACUCCCUUAUUUACUCAAGUUCUUCACAUGUUCUUACCCAACAACCCAUUUUGAUUUAUAAAAACACCCAAACUAAAACCCAAAUUAGUUUUUUUUGGAUCAAAACCCCUAAAACACCAAAAUCUUCUUUUCCCAAAACUACCCAAAAUCUCCAAGAACAAAACCUAAACUACACCCAAAUGAAAUAGGGUUUUCCCCUUUUCUUCUAUCAUCCUAAACUACCCAAACCAAAACAACCAUAACCCUUAACACCAAAACCCGACGCCCACCAUCUCCGACACCUCGACGUCGGUCGGCUAUCAACGCCACCGUCGACCACUUAACCUGACACCGCAACUCUCGGCCACCCGCUCUAUUCGAACUAAAUGAUCAACAUAAUAGCAACACUGCAUGAAACUCACCUUAAAACGACUCUGACUGGUCCUUGUACUCGAGAUCAAUGGCGAGUAGAGGCAAAACGACGGCAAGCAACUCCAAAGAGAAAGACGGCAACGGUGAAUUUUCCGUUCGAAAACGGUGGCGGGGGCUCAUGCGGUUCACGCGCCGAUGAAGAUUUCGGCCGGUGGGGAUGCGUUGUUGAAAGAGUGCAUGCUUCAUUGGAUGAUGUAAUCUUAGCCAUUGGAUCCAAUCUAGAUCCAAUGGUUGAGAUUCUUUUGUGCAUUUUCUCUUGGAUUGGUGAUGUGGUUUAACGAGAACCUUUGGAUUUAUCUUCUCUCCAAGGGUCUCACAUGGGUUGUGUUUCUUUGACAUUGAUUGAAGAUGUGUCAAAAAUCUAAGCCAUUGGAUCUAAGAUCAUCAAUGGUCCCCAAUUGCUUGACUCUCUUCAAAAGAAUGAACAAGGUGUUAUCAUCAAAUACACCUAAAAAGUAGCACCACAAUUAAUAUUUUGUCUCAUUUUAAAAUUUAAAGCAAAAACAACCCCCCAUUCCACAAAAACAUGCGGCUAGGAUGAAAUAUUA